AUGCAUAGAGCUACCAGCACCAAGUGCAUCAUGUGGCUUGCAUCGUGGCCACUGUGGCUCAGCGCAAUCGGCGUCUUCAUGUCGGUCAACUACCUGAUAAACUACCCCCAGUGCACGAUGACGGACCACCUGCCAGGGACCAAUGGCACGUUGCUGGCGAGCACCAGCCAUAAGUACCCCAUUCGUGCACCGGACCACCUCUUGUUCACCAAAGCCUUCCUUUUUGGUACGAAGGAGUUCGCAACGAGCACCUUCGAAACGAAGGCAGUCGAAGCCAAGGAGGCUUUCGGGCCCGCAACCGACCCGUUGAUCGAAAGCAAGACCGCCUUCGAAGGCAAGGUUGAAGGCGACCGGGAGGGUCCCUUGUUAAUCCACGCGGAUGUGUACUUACCGUUGUCAUUUUUGGAGCGUUACAUUGAGCGCGGUGAGCGGGCGCCAUUCACAGUCUUUACUGCAACACGUUACAACCGUGCGACGCAGGUAAUGUGGCCCUUUUCGAUCUUGCCGAUAUGGGGCCAGAAGGCCGGCACAGGUCGAGCGGCUGUUUUUAGUUGGCCGCUGACGCGUGGGUUGUUGCGGAAACAGGUCCCAUCGGUCGUCGUGGAUGCACGGGGCAGCGGCGGAUCAGGCGGUGUGCGAUUCGUGGACCUGGACGACCGCGAGGUGGCGGAGGUGAACGCGGUGGCGCGGUGGGCAGCCGGAGGUUUCUGGACUGAACGCUUUCUGGCGGCUGGCGGGAUCAGUUACGACGGCAUGACGGCGCUCAAGAUGGCGACACAUGCAGACGCCGCCAUCAACGUGACCGUAGGUCUGUAUUCGCCUCUUGCCCCCGUGACCGACUUGUUGCAGCUCGACGGUGUCCCAUGCUCUUCUUUCCUGGACGACUACGACUCGAUCACGCGCUCGUUCGAACGCCGAGGUACCCCCGCCGCACACUUUGUCCGUGCCGUCCUGCGCGGCCUCACGCCCUUCCACACCGCCGCCGGCUUCCUCAACGUCUUCAACCGCGCCCUCCCGGCCGCCGGCUUCGAACUAGACCUCAGCCUCCGCCCCCGCUCCUGGUCCAUGAAAGAGCAAGCCGAAAGCAAAAUGUUCAUCACCGACCGCAUCGUGCUGCAGGACGGACGUGUCACCCCCAUCGUCAACGCCGGACUCACCCACGCUGACUACCUCGCACUCAUUCACAAACGCCUCCCCGCCUACUACGUCUUCGGCGAAUGCGACUCCUCCGCCUUCCGCAUCGGUGAACGGCUGGAACACCUCUACCUCGAACACGUCUACCACGACCACGACCAACACCUAACAGGUGACACUAACACGGACGUCCCAUUCACGCGCAUCGUCUACGGCCCCUGGGCACACGGCGGACGCCGAGGCUGUCUCUCGGGAGGUGGCGGCAGCUGGCCUUGUGCAGAAGACUACAUCUACGAUGAGUUCAUCGAGUUCAUUCGGCGCGCCAAAAACGGAGACCGCGGCCUGCGUGUCCUCCGCUGGGAAAGCAUUGGAGACACCGGUCGCUGGCUCCUGAGCUCUCAACCUGCCGCCCCGUCCUCCAGCUCGCUUCUUGGCGCUGCCCAUUAUGGCAUGGGCGACACUGGCUCCUUCCUUGCGCCGCUCGUGCCCGUCCGACCGAAAAGGGAACUACUAGCUACCGAACUAAGCAACGCAGGGGAACAUCGUGCAGGGGAACAACAUACGGGGGAACAAGCGACCAGGGAGGAGCCGAGCGAGAAGCAGCCGAGUGGGGUACUGGAGGAACGGACAGUGCUGCCGAAGCAGGUGCUAGGAUGGAUCGAUCCCGAGAUUGCCUGGAUUAGGGCGCGGGAGAGGUUCAGUCUUGCGCGCAUGUUCCGAGGCGAAUACGUCGCUAAACCCUUCCUGCCCCACUGCAGCAAUCUUUGGUGCAGUUUCUACCACAAGUUCCGUCUGCCCGGCCCGCUGCUCUACGACUUCCGCACGCACUGGGCCAUGAAGGACUUUUACGGACUGGCUUACGACGUCUCUGACUCAGUCACCUACCUCUCGGACGCGUUCCGGCGGGUGUUCGAACAUAACACACACUCUCCUAGAAAGACUGAGAAGAAACGCAUCACGAUUAGGAAUAACACGUUGGAGUACCUGGAGGCUGAGCUGCCCGAAUGGACUACUGGUCGCUACAGUCGAUGGGUUAUCGUGCAGCACCUGCUCAGGUUACCAGUGGAGUACUCCAACACCAAUCCCUAUUCUCCAGCGUCUCUUCCCUCCAUUGUCGUUGAAACGUUACCCCUGUCGGACGACAUUCUCAUACACGGAUCUCCCACAGUCAGUCUCCGGCUCCUACUCACCGAAGAGGAUCUUCCUCAUGCAGACGAGCUUGUGCCCCUGACCGAGUUUGUGUCCGAGUUCGAGUCCAGCGAGAGCAAAGGCAAGGAGCGUGCAGCAGGCAAGGAGCGUGCAGCAGGCAAGGAGCGUGCAGGGGACCGUUUUGUUUCUCCGAAUGAGCCCUCGAGCGGACAAUGCCGCGUCGAAAUUCCAUAUGGCAGUCCAGAUGAGGAAGGCAUGGUGUGUCAUCCGCUCGAGUCCCGUGUGCAGAAGGACAUGUUGGUCUCUGCCGUGCUUCACGUUCGCGAGCCGGACGGGCGUCUUCAUUAUAUCACUGAAGGCCGUUUAUUGCUGAGUAUGAAGGGCAAGCACGACGUGGAUUGGGCAUUGACGGACGCAUAUGUAGCGGAAGAGUUGGCACACACACACCCAGUAACUCGGCCGUACGGCCGCGACUUCGGCAGCACGGACCAUCGGUUUCCUUCGCAACUGUUGCGAGGCGAAGUGCCCGCAGAUCACGGCAGCGUGGAGAACCCAAACCUCGGGAACCCAAGCCUGCUUCUGCCGCCGCCAGCCGUGGUGAUUGACGCACGCAUCCUACUGGAGUCCGUCAUACGCAGAAUCCCACACCACAGCCGUCUCGUGCUGACCCUCUUCGGACCAGAUCGAGACAACUUCCGAUGGGACACCAUUGUUGACAGAUAUAAACGCCACUCUCGCGAUCACGGCAACCAGGCCUUCUCUCGCGUCGAGAAACUGACCUUCCUCAAGCUCCUCACCAAGGUCGACCAGACUCCCACAAUCCCGCUCGUACUGUCACUUCCCAAGGGACUAACUUCUCAAUGA